CCACAGAAAAGUGUGUGAGAGUGUGUGAGAAGAGCACAGACAGACGACAGCAACCAUGGCAGAAGUCGCUCCAGCCGCCCCUCCUGCCGCCGCUCCGGUCAAACCGCAGAAGAAGAAGGCGGCCGCUAAGCCGAGGUCGAAGAGCAGCCUCAGCGUCGGAGAGCAGAUCAUCCAGAUCCUAACAGAGUCCAAGGAGCGCAAAGGCGAGUCGCUGGCCGCCAUCAAGAAGAAGCUGGCCGCCCGGGGCUGCGACGUGGAGAAGAACCGCAAGCGGAUUCUUCUGACGCUCAAGAAGCAGGUGGAUAGCGGCGUCCUGUUCCAGAUCAAAGGCUCCUACAAGCUUAAGAAGGCCGACAAGCCCGACAAGAAGCCCGGAGCCAAGAAACCCGUCAAGGCAAAGAAGCCCGGCGUCAAGAAAGCAGCAGGAACGCCCAAGAAAGCAGCUGCCGCUAAGAAGACCAAGCCAAGCCCGGCCAAGAAGGCUGCCAAGAAGCUUGCGGCCAAAAAAUCACCCAGCAAGAAGUCGGCAAAGAAACCAGCGGCUAAGAAGACCCCGAAGAAGAGCGGGACGUCCAAGAAAGCUGCCCCAAAGAAAGUGGCGGCGAAGAAACCAGCAGCAAAAAAGCUCGUCAAGUCCAAACCCAAACCAAAGACGACCAAGAAGUGAGCAGCUCAACAUCAGCAACAACUCAAAGGCUCUUUUAAGAGCCACACACUCACUCAAAGAGCUCCUUCACCAAAAUGGCACGUGUCAUGUAUUGACAUUGCAUCAGGUCUGAUUAAAAAAUAAAUAAAUAUUUAUCGAUGUGUGGCCACAUGCACAUUACACUCAAAUUAUAGCCAUUAAUUGGCAGUUUUAAUGUUUCAUGUUUGCAGUCUGACAAUGACAUGAUCACAGCAUGUCUUCACACGCAUUCAGGUCUUAACCCAUAAUCUGCUAAAUCAUCCGAUUCUUUCAGAAGGCCAGGCUGUUAACUUUGCUCCUAGAGCAACACCCGGGGCUUCAACCUUGAGGAGACAAAUCUCACUCACAUUUACCAUGUUGUCUCUUUUUAAUGGAAGUAAUUGAAAACUGAAAAAAAAAAAAAAAAAAAAAUUGCAUUGCAUAAAAUUAACUUUUUUUUUUUUU